UCCCUUUACCUUUGCUCCUGUGCUCAAGCUGGGCAUGGUCCCCAGGGCAUUUAAAUGCGAGAUCCCUUCGUUGGGAAAGUCCUAAAAUUUAUACGCAGAUUAUGCAUUCCGCCACCACGGGCACGUGCAGAUUGGUCUAUCUCUUUGGUAUCAUUGGCGAGGACACCCCAACGUCUUGAAUUAUUCUUUUAAAUCUUCUGCAUUCACGCUGUCGCUUGAUUUUUUCUUUGCUGCUUAUAUGGUUUGGCGCUUCUCUGAUAAGAGUCCCGUCGAUGUUUUCCUCCUAAUGCUCGAGUGGAGUUUUAUCUUAAUAUCAGUGCUAUGAAUUGGAUGUUUAUCCAUGGCUUGUGCUUCAGCUCCGCAAGUGAGCGUUAAUUGUCCGUCUGAUUCCUUUUUGCCCGUUUUCCUCCAGUUAGGUGCUCGUGGGAGAGUUUAAUCGCUGAGUUUCUUGAACAUGGAAUUCGCUAAAAGUUUAUCAUGCACAGCGAAUCUCUCGUUUUACAAAGAAGAAAGAUGGAAAAAUCCUUUCACCAGUCGUCCCAAUUGUCAUCCGCUGGUCGUCGACAGAAAACAAGGACUAACUUGGAAAAGAAGGGGAAGACCGCUGAUGCCAAGAGCUACAGGAGAGAAUUCUGAGAAUGCACAAGUUCUUGUCACAACUACAUCAGAUAGAGUACAAACAGAAACAGAGGCAGGUGGGGAUUCCAGAACCAUCGUAAUUGAGCGUCCAAAACUGAAAGCUUUUGAAGUGCUUGCUGGAACUCCUUUUCCAUUUGGUGCUACCGGUAGAGAUGGGGGAGUAAAUUUUGCAAUUAUUUCUGGUAGUGCCACUUCGGUGACUUUGUGUUUGAUCAGUGUGUCUGACUUAAAGGAGAACAGAAUCACCGAGCAGAUCACCCUUGAUCCGGUGGUCAACAAGACUGGAGAUGUAUGGCAUGCAUUUGUGUUGGGAAAUUUCAAAGAUAUGCUGUAUGGGUAUCAGGUCGACGGGAAAUUCUGCCCUGAAGAAGGCCACUUUUUUGACUCUUCUCGCAUAUUAUUGGACCCCUAUGCAAAGGCUGUUGUUAGCAGAGGGGAGUAUGGUGUCCUGGGAUCUGAUGGCAGUUGUUGGCCACAGAUGGCUGGUUCGGUGCUUUCUUCAGAGGUUGAGCAAUUUAAGCCUGACAUCUCUCUGCAGUUUGACUGGGAGGGGGAUCUACCACUACGGCGUCCCCAAAAGGACCUUGUUAUCUACGAAAUGCACAUCCGUGGAUUUACAAGGCAUGAAUCAAGUAAGACUGAAUUUCCUGGGACUUAUCUUGGUGUUGUUGAGAAACUUGACCACCUACAGGAACUCGGUGUUAACUGUAUAGAGCUUAUGCCAUGUCAUGAAUUCAAUGAGCUGGAGUAUUUCGGCUACAACCCUGUCUUAGGUGAUCACAAGGUCAAUUUCUGGGGAUAUUCAACUGUCAACUUUUUCUCACCUAUGAUGAGAUAUUCUGCCUCAGGCAUAAAAAACGGUGGUCAUGAUGCAAUUAACGAAUUUAAAUUUCUUGUUCGAGAGGCUCAUAAACGAGGCAUUGAGGUGCUUAUGGAUGUCGUUUUCAACCACACAGCUGAAGGAAAUGAGAAUGGACCCAUUUUAUCAUUCAGGGGUGUUGGUAACAGUGUUUAUUACAUGCUUGCACCAAAGGGUGAGUUCUACAAUUAUUCUGGUUGUGGGAACACCUUCAAUUGCAACCAUCCUGUUGUGCGCCAGUUUAUUGUGGAUUGCCUGAGAUACUGGGUUUUGGAAAUGCAUGUUGAUGGUUUUCGCUUUGAUCUUGCUUCAAUCUUGACCAGGGCAUCCAGCCUGUGGGAUCCAGUAAAUGUCUACGGAAUUUCCUCGGAUGUUGAUUAUGUGACAACUGGCACCCCUUUAAGAAAUCCUCCGAUCAUUGAUAUGAUUAGUAAUGAUCCUAUCCUCUGUGGGGUCAAGCUUGUAGCUGAAGCUUGGGACGCUGGAGGCCUGUAUCAAGUUGGUCAAUUUCCUCAUUGGGGCAUUUGGUCAGAAUGGAAUGGGCAGUUUCGUGAUGUAGUUCGUCAGUUCAUUAAGGGAACUGACGGAUUCUCAGGUGCUUUUGCCCAAUGCAUUUGUGGAAGUCCAAAUUUAUACCAGAAGGGUGGAAGGAAGCCAUGGAACAGUGUCAACUUUGUCUGUGCACACGAUGGCUUUACUCUGGCUGAUCUUGUAUCAUACAAUAAUAAGCAUAACCUGGCUAAUGGAGAAAACAACAAGGAUGGUGAGGACCAUAAUAAUAGCUGGAACUGUGGACAGGAAGGAGAAUUCGUAGGCCUCCAUGUGAAGAGAUUGAGGAAGCGGCAAAUAAGGAACUUCUUCCUUUCUCUCAUGGUUUCACAAGGUGUUCCAAUGAUAUACAUGGGCGAUGAAUAUGGACACACAAAAGGGGGGAAUAAUAAUACAUACUGCCAUGAUAAUUACGUCAAUUAUUUCAGAUGGGAUAAGAAGAAAACUAGUGGAGCUGAUUUUUUCAGAUUUUGUUGCCUUAUGACAAAGUUCCGCAGAGAAUGUGAAUCCCUUGGUCUAGAUGAUUUUCCCACAGCAGAACGUCUUCAGUGGCAUGGCCAUGUUCCUGGAAAUCCUGACUGGUCUGAAUCUAGCCGCUUUGUGGCUUUUUCAUUGAUUGAUAAAGAGAAAAAAGAGAUAUAUAUCGCCUUCAACGCAAGCCAUCUACCAGUCACAGUCUUGCUCCCUGACCGGCCAGGCCAUCGAUGGGAGCCACUCGUCGACACCAGCAAGCCUGCACCAUAUGACUUCCUAUCAGAAGAUUUACCAGAUAGAGAAGUUGCUAUUCAACAAUAUUCUCAUUUCCUUGACAAUAAUAUCUAUCCAAUGCUCAGUUACUCUUCCAUCAUCCUCUUGUUGGUUUCUGACGCUGCUACUAAUGGUUAGUUCCACUACCAAGUUUUAAAUUAUUCUUUGCCAUGUCGUGUAAGUUUACAUGCGAUGUGGCUAAAUAAUGUGCAUAGGAAAGCGUUGUAUCAUAGCCUAAAUAUGAGACAAGGUAAUUAUGAGAAGAAAAAUAAAGGGCGACUUCCCUCUUGUUCCUUUCAA